UUAGGAGAUGUCAAGAUGAGGAGGUUACUGUUCCUUGCAUUGAUUUCUUCUACAAUACUUUCUAUUCAAAGUGAAGAGAACUUAAGCACUAACACAAGCAAAGAUGUAUCACGAUUUCAACGGUCCUGUACAGCUAAACAAUGUAGCGAUGAGGAUUUUCAAAAGUUAUUGGAUUCAUUCAUGACUCCAGCAGCAACUACGAAGGCUCCUCCUCAGGCACCACCACCGCCUCCACCCCCACCUAAGAAUGAAGUAAAUCUAUUUAAAGACAUUUUUUCUUUGAUUGGCAAAACCAAAAAGGCAUUAUUUGGAUUUGGGUAACA